AUGUCGAAAUAUAUUUCAGAAUUGGAAGGCAACUUAUUAAAUGCAUCAUACCUUUUCUGCAAUCCAGAAAACGUAUUAGCACUUGUACAUCGUAGUAAUAUGUACCUCAAUCAAGACAACAUAACUGCACUUUCAAUACGUGGAAUUGCAUUGGCUGAUUUUAUCAAAGCUCAAUGGAUCGGUCCAGACGAUGCACCUUCACUUGAGAAUCGAGGUCGAUCGUAUCAAUUGCUUGAUAAUUAUUAUGAUGCGUUGAUCUUAACAGAGUAUAACGCAUUUGCACUUGUAAAUCGAGGUGAAGUGUAUCGACGGCUUGCUCGUGAUAUUGUGCAUAAACAUCUUAAGAAUUAUGAUCAGGCUCUAGCAGAUCUUAAUAUGGUUUUGAAUUUUGAUCAAGAAAGCUCUUUCAGUUCGUGGAUCUUGAAAAUUAAUCAACCAAACAACAACAACAUAUGCUCAUUAUUCGAGAAGUUAAAUACUGGAAUUGUAUUGCGUAAUGAUAAGUUAAAUAAAAUGCUUUCAGAGACGUUGGAUAAGGCAAAUUCAAAGACUCACGGUAGUUGCUCUUCGAGGUUUUAUACUUGGAAAGCAUUAAACGAAAUUGAGGAACUCGAUCAAAAUUACGUAUAUGCAUCGGCGAUGCGAGCGAGACGAGUUAUGUGA